UUCACCACGGAAACGAUUGCGGCCAUUAUGGCUCAAGGGUUCGAGACUGCAAGAAGUCUUCGACUAUUGGCGCCAGAACUGAUAGACUCAACAUUCACCGACCUCCCGAUCGGCCAGAUUUUGCUAUUGAAAGAUGCUUUACAACAGGUACCGGGAUAUGCAUUUAGAAAUGGAUCCGGUGAUAUGCAGUCAACCACGCGUACCGGUAAUUCGAAUACAGAGAGAGGCGAGAGUUUGGCGGACACAAAUACAGACGUGGAAAGAGCUUCAAGUCAGACUACGAAUUUAUCAAUAAAUGACCUGUGCAGUAUCCUACAGCAGGCCGCUGACAGUGAAAAUACCGGAAAUGUGGCUGGGACAACUACGACAACAACUUCGCCUGGUGGACAACAAAUAGCAAAUCCAGCAGUGGCAGAGCUCGUAUCUGAACUUGACCGUGAGAUAGGUGUAUGGGAAUCCAACGCCCUGGCAGCAUCAACUAAACGUUCUUACCGGUCACAGUUAAAGUGUUAUUUUGACUUUUGUAGCUUAAUCAAUUGUGUACCAAUACCAGCCUCUAGUACCACACUCUUACGUUAUGUGGCUUUUCUUGCUCGUUCAAAAACUUUUUCUUCUAUUAAACAAUAUUUAAAUGUUUUACGUCUAUUACAUAGGCAGCUCAGUUUACCUGACCCGUCUGUGGAUAGCUGGCGGCUUAGAUCCAUGCUGUUGGGUAUUAAGCGUGUUAAAGGGGCAAGAGCUGCCUUCAAGUUGCCCCUGACACUUGAACACCUGGAUGCUAUCCGACAGGAAUUGGAUAUGAGCGAUGUCAGGGAUUCGCAGAUGUGGGCAGCUAUUCUGACAGGUUUCUUUGGGUUAUUGCGCAUAAGCAAUUUUACUACGCCGACUGGAAAAUCCAGACAUGCAGAAUGCAAAUCUAUCCAAAGAGGAGACUGUAGGGUCAUUGCCAACGGUAUUGUUUUGACCGUCAGAUCGUCUAAGACCAUUCAGUUCCGGGGUAGAGCGCAUGAGUUAGUCCUCCCACUGUUAGAGGGCAGAGUUGUCUGCCCAGCUACGGCUGUGGCAAAAUUUUUUCUGGCAGCAGGGGAUCUGGCUGAUGAUAUUCCUCUUUUUUCUUAUUUGGAUGCAACGAAUACUGUUUUUCUUACCCCGGAUAGUUUCAGACAACGCCUCCGAUUUUUGCUUAGUAGGAUAGGGCUCUCGGUCACAGAUUUCAACUCCCAUAGCCUGCGACGGGGUGGCGCAUCCUGGCUUAUUAGUGCUGGAGUAUCCCUGCCUGUCGUCCGGGCUAUUGGAGAUUGGAAGAGCGACUGCGUUUUUAAAUAUCUUCAGCCCGACCAUGUGGGUACAUUAAGAAUAUUACAAUCUUUGACUUAUACUACAUAGAUUUUUUCCCUCCAAAUAUUCUACUAUGGGUUGGGAUUAUUAAUUGUAAUUAAUUGUAUGUUAUAUUUAUAGGGGCAAAACAUAUUUUAUAUUGUCGCAUAAUAAACCUGAAGUUUUUGUGCUCCUAAUAGUGCUUGCAUACUUGAGCAUAUCUAUAGUGUCAUUGUUUUAUUGCGUUCUUCUAUAGUGCCAUUUUUUAUUUCGCUUUUCUAUAGUGCCAUUUUGUAUUGCGCUUUUCUAUAGUGCCAUUUUGUAUUGCGCUUUUCUAUAGUGCCAUUGUUUUAUUGCGCUUUUUUAUAGUGCCUUUGCAUAAUUGCGUCUCUCGACUGUGCCUUAGCAACUACAUGUUUAAGCUUGUGCUAUAGCAUACAUGUAGUUUAUAUAAUUGUGUUUUUAUGUUUUUAGUAUGUAGUUUUAGUAAGAUAAUUUUUGUAAUAAAGAAUUAUCAAGCCCACCGGAUGGUGUUGUGUUUUGGGGUGGACAAUUGUUUGUCUACGUAAAACACAGCCAGUAGGUGGCGCUCGAUGAUGACGUCAUGGCUUUCUGUGUACACCACUGGACACGAUUGAUUGUACACAAAGAUGACAAUUUUGGCGCCAGUUCACUCAAUGCUUGUUGCUUGCUGGGUUGAGUGCGCUUUUUAAGAUGCUUAUCAUAGUUUAACUUUGCCCCACCCACCCGCAUCCAAAUUUUUUUUUUUUUUUUUUUUUUUUUUUUGUUUGGAGGCUGAAGGGGAUUAUUAAUUGUAAUUAAUUGUAUGUUAUAUUUAUAGGGGCAAAACAUAUUUUAUAUUGUCGCAUAAUAAACCUGAAGUUUUUGUGCUCCUAAUAGUGCUUGCAUACUUGAGCAUAUCUAUAGUGUCAUUGUUUUAUUGCGUUCUUCUAUAGUGCCAUUUUUUAUUUCGCUUUUCUAUAGUGCCAUUUUGUAUUGCGCUUUUCUAUAGUGCCAUUUUGUAUUGCGCUUUUCUAUAGUGCCAUUGUUUUAUUGCGCUUUUUUAUAGUGCCUUUGCAUAAUUGCGUCUCUCGACUGUGCCUUAGCAACUACAUGUUCAAGCUUGUGCUAUAGCAUACAUGUAGUUUAUAUAAUUGUGUUUUUAUGUUUUUAGUAUGUAGUUUUAGUAAGAUAAUUUUUGUAAUAAAGAAUUAUCAAGCCCACCGGAUGGUGUUGUG